CUGCUGACCUGGAGGCGGAGGAGAGAGUGGGCAGCUGGGAGUCACAGUGAGCUCUUCUACCUAGCUUAAUGUCUUCUAUUACUUCUCAUUUGUGGACCUCUUUCUCUAGAUGUCGUACGACUUUUAUAUCAUUCUGCUAGAGGUUUAUCAGAGUCUGAUGACCCCCUCCAGGGGUUGAGUUGCGGAGCAAUGAAGACAGGCAGUCAAAUCCGCCUGUUGCUGUGGAAAAACUGGACUCUCCGCAAGAGACAGAAGAUCCGCUUCCUGGUUGAAAUCCUCUGGCCAGUGUUGUUAUUCAUCGGUCUGGUGUGGCUGAGGAAGGCCAACCCACUGUAUAAACAACAUGAGUGUCAUUUUCCCAACAAGGCCAUGCCCUCAGCAGGGAUCCUGCCCUGGAUUCAGGGCAUCUUCUGCAAUGCCAACAACCCGUGCUUCAGAUAUCAGACCAGAGGAGAGUCGCCAGGGGUCGUCUCCAACUAUAACAACUCUAUAUUGGCUCGGUUCUACGCUGAUGCCCAGGAGCAGCUGUUCAACGACACAGAGGUCCAGCAGCUUGGCCGGCUUUGGCGAGAACUAUCCUCCUUCUCAAACUUCAUGGACACCUUACGCAACAACCCGUCCAUGGUUUCAGGUCGUGGCCUGAGGAUACAUGACAUUUUGAAAGAUGACGAGGUUCUCACAGCCUUCCUGUUACGGGACGCAGGCCUCUCCGACUCUGUGGUCCACCAGCUGGUCCACGCGCAAAUACGGCUGGAACAGUUUGCCUACGGGAUCCCAGACCUGCAGCUGAAGGACAUAGCCUGCAGCCAGGCUCUCCUGGAGCGCUUCAUCAUCUUCCCCAGUCGCAGGGGCCUGUUCAGUGUGCGCAACGCCAUGUGUGCCCUCAGCCAGCAAAGACUGCAGAGGAUAGAAGACGUUCUCUAUGCUAAUCUGGACUUCUUCAAAAUCUUCAAACUGAUGCCUCAGGUGUUGGACAGAAGCUCUGAGGGAAUCGACCUGCACUUCUGGGGUCAAGUUCUUACCACAGUGUCGGAGAAGAUCCGAGAGCUGAUGUUGUGGGACAGCAGUCAGGACCUUCUUAAAGCAGUCAGCACCCUCUUCCAAGAUGGGGGUCCCUCGUCCUUCACUCAGCUGAUGUCCACUGUGUCGAGCCUCAUGUGUGGCUACCCGGAGGGCGGCGGCUCCAGGGUCCUUUCCUUCAACUGGUAUGAGGACAACAACUACAAGGUGUUUCUGGGCGUCAACGGCACCAAGAGCCGUGACUAUGUCUACGACCACACUGCCACUCCCUUCUGCAAUGCCGUGAUGCAGAACCUGGAAUCCAACCCUGUCACGAAAAUUGUGUGGAAUUCAGUCAAACCCCUGCUGAUGGGAAAGAUCCUGUACACCCCCGACUCCCCUGCCGUCCGCAAGAUAUUAAAGAGUGCCAACACAACAUUUGAGGAGCUGGAGAGACUGAAGAACAUGGCUAAGGCCUGGGAGGAGGUGGGACCGCAGCUGUGGAACUUUUUUCACCACAGCGUCCAGAUGAACAUGAUCAGGGACACCAUAAGAAACCCCACAGUGUUUGACUUCAUGAACAACAGUCUGGCAGAGUCGGAGUUGUCCAUCCAAGAGAUCCUCAACUUCCUGCACAACGGUCCGGACGAGGACAGGGAGGAGGGCAUGCCCAACUUUGACUGGAGAAACAUCUUCAACAUCACUGACCAGCUCAUACGCAUGGUCAACAAGUACGGAGAGUGCAUCAGCCUGGAUAAAUUUGUGCCCCACACGGAUGAGGCCCAAAUGACCCACCAGGCCUUGUACCUAUUGGAGGAGAACAAGUUUUGGGCUGGUGUGGUCUUCUUGGACAUGUACCCCUGGACCACAUCUGUGCCCCCACAUGUCAAGUACAAGAUCCGCAUGGAUAUUGACGUCGUGGAGCGCACUAACAAGAUCAAAGACAGGUACUGGGACCCUGGCCCGCGAGCAGACGUCAUGGAGGACCAGAGGUACAUCUGGGGAGGUUUUGCGUACCUGCAGGACAUGCUCGAACAUGGCAUCCUCAAGCUUCACACAGGCAAUAGCUGGCCACUUGGGGUCUACAUUCAGCAGAUGCCCUACCCGUGUUAUGUAGAUGACCUCUUCAUGAUCACACUGAACCGUUGCUUCCCCAUGUUCAUGGUCCUGGCUUGGGUCUACUCUGUGUCCAUGACGGUGAAAAGUAUUGUGCUGGAGAAGGAGCUGCGCCUCAAGGAGACCCUCAAAGCCAUGGGCGUCACCAACGGCGUCAUCUGGUACACUUGGUUCAUUGACAGCUUCAUCAUCAUGACUGCCAGCACGGCGCUACUCACCUGCAUCAUCAUGGGUGGAAAGGUGCUGAAUUAUAGCAACGCUGCCCUUGUCUUCCUCUUCUUGCUGACUUUCACCAUCACGACCAUUAUGCAGUGUUUCCUGAUGAGUGUGUUCUUCAACAAGGCCAACCUGGCAGCCGCCUGCAGUGGCAUCAUCUACUUCACCCUCUACCUGCCCCACAUCCUCUGCUUUGCCUGGCAGGACCGCAUCACCAAGAACAUGAAGUUAGCUGCCAGCCUGUUGUCACCGGUGGCCUUUGGCUUUGGGACAGAGUACCUGUCCCGGUAUGAGGAGCAAGGUUUGGGCCUUCAGUGGGACAACAUCCAGACCAGCCCUUUAGAGGGAGACAACUACUCCUUCCUCACCUCCGUAAUCAUGAUGGUGUUUGAUGCUGUCCUCUACGCUUUCCUGGCCUGGUAUCUGGAUAAUGUUUUCCCAGGGCAAUAUGGCAUUGGUCGACCAUUCUACUUCCCCUUCCAGCCCUCAUACUGGCAACGAUCUACACCCUCACAACCACAACCAGACAUGGCAGAUAAAGGCCCUGAGAACCCCGAAUCGGAGAACAAGGAGAAGGAUAUUGAAAGCAAAGGCACACCAGAUAUGCUCGCCUGUAACGGCUCUGCAAGCAGGAAAAUGUGCAAACACCAAGACAAGAGGGACCGGCUGGAGAGAGAGAAGGAGCUGCUGAAACAACAAGAGGAAGAACCAAAGAUGCAAGAGGAGGAGUGCAACGGGCAAAAUACAGGCCAGUUAUUCUUUGAGCCCGACCCUGUGGGGCUGGUUAUGGGGGUGCAAAUCGUGGACCUGGUCAAGAUAUUUGGUGGAAGAUCUCGUCCAGCCGUCGACUGUCUCAACCUUACUUUCUACGAAGGCCAGAUCACAUCCUUCCUGGGACAUAACGGUGCUGGGAAAACCACAACCCUGUCCAUCCUGACCGGCUUGUUCCCACCCACAUCUGGCACAGCCUACAUUCAUGGAAGAGACAUCAGGACCGAAAUGGAUAUCAUCCGUACCUCGAUGGGCAUGUGCCCUCAGUAUAACAUCCUCUUCAAACAUCUUACAGUGGAGGAGCACAUCCUGUUCUAUGCCUUGCUGAAGGGUCAGACCAAGGAGGAGGCCAGGAAGGAGGUUGAGGAGAUGCUGGAGGACCUGGGGCUGCCGCACAAGAGAGACGAGGAGGCUCAGAACCUCUCAGGUGGUAUGCAGAGGAAGCUGUCUGUUGCCAUGGCUUUUGUUGGGGGGUCAAAGAUCGUGAUCCUGGAUGAGCCCACUUCAGGGGUGGAUCCUUACUCCAGAAGAUCCAUUUGGGAUCUUCUACUGAAAUACCGAAGUGGCCGUACAGUGAUCCUGUCCACUCAUCACAUGGACGAGGCUGACCUGCUGAGUGACCGCAUUGCCAUUAUUUCCAAAGGGCAACUCCACUGCUGUGGAUCGCCCCUCUUCCUCAAGAACGGCUUUGGAGUGGGGUUUUAUCUCACCCUGGUACGCCGCGUGAAGGACCUCAGGAAGAGCGAGAAUGAUUGCGACUGUGCCUCAGAUUGCUCCUGUUCCUGCUCCAUCUGCACAAAAUACAAAGAUCAGUCUCAGAAUCAUUCCCAGCAUCUAGACAGAGCUCUGGAUGGGGACAUAGAAUGUAUCACCAGCUUGAUCCACCACCAUGUUCCUGAAGCCAAGCUGAUUGAGGAGAUUGGCCAGGAGUUGACCUAUCUCCUCCCCAAUAAAGGGUUCAAGCACCGGGCCUAUGCCAGUCUGUUUAGAGAGCUGGAGGAGACCCUGGCUGACAUGGGCCUCAGCAGCUUUGGCAUCUCUGAUACCUCACUGGAGGAGAUAUUCAUAAAGGUCACUGCAGAUGGAGAGGCAGCGAAUAAUGCCACGACUCCUGAACAGUGGCUCUUACGGCAGAGGACAAAUGGCAGCAAAAUUGAUGGAGAGGGCAUGGAAGCGGCUAACGAGGCUGUGCAGGGUAACAGCAGCGCCCCUGGUGCCUCGGACAGCAGCGCGGGACGGGGCUCCAGGCAGGUGAAGGGCUCCUCUCUGAUCAUGAAGCAGUUUUACGCCCUGCUGGUGAAGAGGUUCCACCACUCCACACGAAGCCACAAAGACUUCCUGGCACAGAUUAUUCUCCCGGCCAGUUUUGUCCUGAUUGCCCUGGUCUUCACCUUGAUAGUCCCUCCGUUUGGAGAGCAUCCCAGUUUGACUCUGACCCCCUGGAUGUAUGGAAAACAGAUCACCUUCUUCAGUAAUGAAAGACCGUUUGACCCCAACAUGAAGCGCUUUGCAGAGCGUUUGCUAAGCAGACCAGGCAUGGGGACACGUUGCAUGGAAGGAGAGCCUCUAGGCAUGUCCUGUAGGAACAGCACCUCAGAGUGGGAGUACCCUGACUUCUCCCCUGUGGUUCACAACAUCUUGCUGAGUCCUGAGUGGCACCUCCGCAACCCCUCUCCUUCCUGCCAGUGCAGCACUGAUAAGAAGCUGACCAUGAUGCCCAUCUGUCCGAUUGGAGCCGGCGGUCUUCCCCCCCGCCAGCGAACAGAGGCCACGGGGGACACGAUGCUGGAUCUGACGGACAGGAACAUCUCUGAUUACCUGGUCAAAACCUACCCCACUCUCAUAAGAACCAGUUUGAAGAGCAAAUACUGGGUGAAUGAACAAAGAUAUGGAGGGCUGUCAGUAGGAGGACAGCUCCCCAUUCUGGCCGUGGACCCCAAAGACAUCCAGGAUGUUUUCCUUCAGCUGGGACGGAUGCUCAACAUCACAGGGGGUCACUACUCCAGACUUGCAUUGAAGGAGAUUGGUCCUUUCCUACGAUACAUGGAAAGUGAAUUCAAUGUAAAGGUAUGGUAUAACAACAAAGGCUGGCAUGCCGUGGUGGCCUUCAUGAAUGUCGCCAAUAAUGCUAUUCUACGGGCCCUCCUACCCCGCUCUGCCAAACCUGUGGAGUAUGGCAUGACCGCCAUCAACCACCCUCUAAACCUCACCAAAGAGCAGCUCUCAGAGGUCACAGUGCUGACCACUUCAGUAGAUGCGGUGGUGGCUAUCUGUGUCAUCUUCGCCAUGUCCUUCAUCCCUGCCAGCUUUGUCCUCUACCUCAUCCAGGAGCGCGUGACUAAGGCCAAGCACCUGCAGUUUGUCAGUGGGGUCAGCCCCCUGGUCUACUGGGUGGCCAACUUCUUCUGGGAUCUGGUGAACUACUGUAUCAGCACGGCUAUGGUGGUUGGUAUUUUCAUGGCUUUUGACAAAAAGUGUUACACAUCACCAACCAACCUGCCAGCACUUGUAGCCCUGCUCCUGUUAUAUGGGUGGUCCGUGACGCCCAUGAUGUAUCCCAUGUCCUACAUAUUCAACAUCCCCAGUACAGCGUACGUCUCUUUGUCCUGCAUCAACCUGUUCAUAGGCAUCAACAGCAGUGCCAUCACCUUCAUCCUGGAGCUCUUUGAAAACAACCGGCCGUUGCUGACAUUUAACGAGUGGUUGAAGAAAUGCCUGCUGGUGUUCCCCCACUUCUGCCUGGGGCGGGGCCUGAUAGACAUGGCCAUGAACCAGGCUGUUACUGAGGUUUAUGCCAGGUUUGGUGAGGAGCACACAGUGGACCCAUUCCAGUGGGACUUUGUGGGGAAAAAUAUUACUUUCAUGGCUGCGGAGGGCUUUGUCUUCUUUAUUGUAAAUCUUCUGAUCCAGUACCGCUUCUUCAUGGACCACUGGUUCUCCGAUGCGAAGCGCCCUCCAAUAAAACAUGAAGACGAAGACGUGGCAGAGGAGAGGCAGAGGAUUUACAGCGGAGGGAACAAGUCAGACAUCUUGCACAUCAGAGAUCUCUCCAAGACUUAUGUAGGCAGCAAGAGGGCAGCUGUGGACCGGAUUUGUGUGGGCGUCCCUGCAGGAGAGUGCUUUGGUCUGUUGGGAGUGAACGGCGCUGGAAAGACGACGACCUUCAAAAUGUUGACUGGUGACACAGAUGUCAGCUCAGGAGAGGCUACGGUGGCUGGUUACAGCAUCCUGACACAGAUUCUGGAUGUGCACCAGAACAUGGGCUACUGCCCUCAGUUCGAUGCCAUCGAUGAUUUGCUGACAGGCAGGGAGCAUCUCUACCUGUACGCACGUCUCCGAGGAGUCCCAGAGUCAGAGAUCCCCAGAGUAGCAGAGUGGGGUAUCCAGAAAUUAGGACUGACUGAAUAUGCUGGCCGCUGUGCAGGAACCUACAGCGGAGGCAACAAGCGCAAACUCUCCACAGCUAUCGCUAUGAUUGGCUGUCCAGCACUGGUGCUCCUGGAUGAGCCGACCACAGGAAUGGACCCCCACUCUCGGAGAUUCCUGUGGAAUGCCAUCAUGAGUGUCAUUCAGGACGGGAGGGCCGUGGUGCUAACAUCACACAGUAUGGAAGAAUGUGAAGCCCUCUGCACUCGACUAGCCAUCAUGGUCAAUGGAACCUUCAAGUGUCUGGGUACCAUCCAGCAUCUCAAAUACAAGUUUGGCGACGGCUACGUAGUGACCAUGAAAAUUAAGGCAGCUAAAGCGGGCGUGUCCCCUGACCUGGGCCCGGCCGAGAGCUUCAUGGAGAGCUCCUUCCCCGGCUGCGUUCAGAGGGAGAAGCACUACAACACGCUGCAGUAUGAGAUCGCCUCCUCGUCGCUCGCCAGGAUCUUCCAGCUGGUGGUGGCCAAUAAGGACAGGCUCUGCGUCGAAGACUACUCUGUUUCCCAGACAACACUAGACCAGGUGUUUGUCAACUUUGCCAAGCAGCAGUCAGGAGAGGAUGAGGACGCCACGUUACAUCGACGGACAAUCAGUGGACGGAAAGAAAUCAAGAUAUCGCCACAGACGAAAAAGUGAAAAUUCAGUCCGGAAAAGCAGAAUGGCAACGAAGCAUCUUGCACGGCAGUAAACUAACAGUUUGUUCCACCAGCCACAUUUCAAAACUCAGCACUUAAUACUAGCCAAAAUUAUUUUUAGAGUAGCAAACAGACUGGUUUAUAACCUGCCAAAGUAAUUGGAAGAAUAGUCAAACUUUCCAGCCACAGACCAAAUUUCCUAGCAUUUGGCUGCUGGCUGGGGUUAAUUUCCCACAUACUGUGUAAUGGUUUUCAGCUACAGGAAAACAAAGCCUACGCAUGUCGGACAUAUUCCUUGGAUUUUUUUUUUUUUUUUUUUUUUUUUUUUUUAAAUCAUAUGUUUGUGCAGUGUUUUAUAUGGCAAAAGGUUAUGCCUCAAGAAAGAAAUGUUGUAAUACAAUUAAAAAUGCCACCUGUUGCUUUAACGAGUGUUUUAACUUGCACUGCACAGCAGCCUCCUUAUUAGAAAUAAGGAAACCAGAGCUACUUGUGCUUAGUUUGACUGUGAAAUAUGCUUGGACUGUAUAAAUAUGUACAUAAUGUAUGUGGAAUGAAUACAUAAGCACCUUAGAAAGUCAUUUUUUAACGUCUGCAUCAACACACACCUCAAAUGAAUGUACCCUGUGUAAAUGAAGCAUUACUGAACACUGGUGAUCCCUAGCUCACUCAUUUGACUUCCGAAGAAAUGAGACACUCUGACUAUUCUUUUUCCAAGAUGUGUUUACUGUCACUACUGCUUCAGUACUUUUCCAUUCUUUUCACUUAUUUAUUGUUGUGCAGUCAAGUAUUUCUUCGUUUUCCAUGUCUCAUUCAUUACAUAACUGACUGCCAUGUCAUUUCAUAAUCUAAUGCCACUAAAAGAAAAGGAAAUUAGUGGUGACUUACGCCAUGCCUCAGUCAACACUGAGGCCAAACGGCUUUUGUUCUGGAUUAAUGGAUUUACAGUAAGACUACAAAAUCUUCCUCUUGAGGGAUUAAAAUUGAGAAAAGUUAUUAGAGAAAUAUACCUGCGGAUCAAGAAGAAUUAUGUUUUGUAUCUUACCAAAUAAACCAUUAACAUGCUAUAUUCUUCAUGCUAUAUGCACUCUUCAUCUAGCUGAUUUGUACUGCAUCAUCAAUUCCAAAUAAAACACCCCUGGAUUUUCAUAAUGUG